AUGAAAUAUAUUGAAAAAUACCAAUAUAAUCCAGAAGAUAUUAUAGGAAUGGGUUCUACAGGAACUGUAAUUAAAUUAGUUUUUAAGAUAGGUUGUUAAAGCUUUUGAUGCUAAGAAAAACUAAUAUGCUUUAAAAAUAAUAAAAAAAAAUGUUAUAACAGCCGAUGAAGGUUAAUAAUUGGCAUUAUUAGAUGAAAUUAAAUUGAUCCAAUAAUUAAAACACCCAAAGAUAGUUUAAUUAAUCGAAGUGAUAUAAACAGAUAAUAAUUAUUAUGUUGUGAUGGAACUUUGUAAAUAAGAUUUACAAACAUAUUUGUAAUAAGUUCAUAAAUUGCCUGAAUCUGAAUGUAUUAAACUAUUGGUAGAUUUAUUGGAAGGGUUCACUGAUUUGAUAAAUCAUGGGAUUAUCCAUAGGGGAUUAAAAUUGACUAAUAUUAUGUAAACAGAUAAAGGUUAUAAAAUAUCAGGUAAAAGUUAGUAAUUAUAUUAAGACUGUGGUUUAACAAAGUGUUUGGAGAUGAAAAACGAUCAAUCUCAUUAAGAUGUAGAUUUUAAAUUUUAUUCUCCUUAAGUUUUGUCAAAAAGUAAAUAUACAAGCAAAUGUGAUAUAUGGUCAAUAGGAAUGAUAAUGUACAAUGUUUUGUAUGGUUAUCCAGCAUGGAGUGGUAGUAAAAUAGAAUAUUUAUUACAUAACAUUGAACAUAAGUUUUUAGACUUUCCUAAUGAAUAGACAUCAAUUAGUUAUGAUCUGAAAAAGUUUAUAGAAGGAUGUUUGGCAAUGGAAGAAGCAGAAAGAAUGGAUUGGGAUGAUGUAUUCAAACAUGAUUUGGUUAAAGAUUACUUUAAGAACUAUUAAACACAAAUCAAAGAACAAAAAAUCAAAUUUUUGAUGAAUGAAUUAAGAUAGAAAAUUAUAAAACAAAAUUUGAAUAUUAAUUCUUUGUUUUAUGAGUUUGAUGAAAAUGGAGAUUAAACAUUACAAUUUUCAGAAUUAGUUUAAUUAUUACAUACAAUUGAUUCAACUCUCAGUCGUUAAGAUUGUUAGAUCAUUUUUAAGAAAUUAGAUUUGGAUGGAGAUUAAACAGUAUCAUUAGAAGAAUUUGAAAAAUGGAUAACAAAUAAUAAUUCAAAGAUGGCAGUGAUAUCUAAAGUUAAAGGUCGUUAGAAUUAGCGAAAUUAAUAUAAUAAAUAGAUGCCAUCAUUAAAAAACAUUUAAAAUUAACCAGGUAGAUAAAAUGAAAUGGAUUUUCGUAAUUUAUAAAACACCUAAUACCCAUUUUUAGGUUAAUCUCAAUCAACACCUCAUAUAAGUUAUAUGCCAAUUUAAGCAUAAAUAUUUGAUCCUGAGAAAAUCAUAAUAAAAUUAUAAUAGGUUAUUCAAAGAUAUAAUAUAAAUGUUCAUGAUUUAUUCUAAAAAUUCGAUUAUGACUUCGAUGGCCUUCUCAGUUUUUCUGAGUUUGCAUAAUUGAUUAUGUAACAAAUUUAAAUUUUUUUAGAAAGAUCAAUAGAAAUGCAUAACCUUAGGAAAUAUAAACAGUUUUUAAAAUUUUCGACUUAAAUUCUGAUAAUUUUAUCUCAUUUAUUGAAUUCAGAUAAAUACUAAAUCUUUAUUAGGAGAAGAAUAAAAAGUUAGAAGGUAGAUACUUUUAUAGUGACUAUAAGAUUCCUUAAUAAAAUAUUAAUAAUUCUCCAUUUUAUUAAAUGGGUAAUAUUUCUUAUCAAUAAUAUUAAAUAAGAAAUUAAACAUAGCCAGAUAUGUUUUGA